AUGAGAAACAGCACAGGAGUGAAGAUAAUCAAGCGUUCAUCAUUCAAGGCAGGAAUCAAUGUGACGCAGAUUACAAUAAACAAAGCUAUAACAUCAUCUGUUUCUCAAUAUAUUUCGUUUGAAAAACUAAAAGAUGAUAAUUCACUUUUAUCUUUUUAUACUGGUUUGCCAAAUGCAAAUUUAUUUUUGUGGUAUUUAUCAUUGUUUAAUGAUUGUGUAAAACCAAUGAAAAAUAUACCAAUGGAAGACCAUUUAUUGCUAAUAUUAAUGAAAAUCAAACUUGGAUUAUUAAAUAAAGACUUGAGUUUUAGAUUUGGUUUUUCUGAGUCAACAGUCACUAGAAUAUAUAGAUCUUGGCUUCCAAUUAUUGCUGAAAAUGUUAAGUUUUUAACUGCUUGGCCAGAAAAGCAUGUUUUGCGAAGAAAUUUGCCAACAAGUUUUCGCAAAAAGUUCUAUAAUUGUGUUGCAAUAAUUGAUUGCAUGGAAAUACUCAUUGAAAGACCUUUUAGUCUUCAUGCUCGAGCUCAAACUUGGUCAAAUUAUAAAAACAACAACACAAUUAAAUAUCUCAUUGGUAUAACUCCAUCAGGUGCUGUAAGUUUUUUAUCCCCUGGAUGGGGUGGUAGAGUUUCAGAUAAAGAAAUUACAAUUAAAUCUGGAAUUUUAGAAAAAAUAACCCAUGGAGAUUGUGUACUUGCUGAUAGAGGAUUUACACUUGUUGAAGAAUUUGCUACAAAAGGUGGGAUUUUAAAAUUACCAAAGUUUACCAAAGGAAAAAAGCAGAUGUCUUCUGCUGAAGUUGAUGAAUCACGUCAAAUUGCACAUGUAAGAAUCCAUGUUGAAAGGGUAAUUGGACGGUUAAGAAAAUUUCGAAUUCUUCAGAACAUUAUCCCAUUAACUCAAGUUGAAUUACUUGAUGAUGUUAUGGUAACAAUAACUUCAUUAGUAAAUAUUAACAGUAGUGUUGUUCCUCCAAGCUCAUAG